AUGACGGCAAAAACUCGUUCACAUUGGAAGGAAUAUGGAACAGCGCUCUGUGUUAUAUUUUUUCUCGUUCCAGCUACACUUAUCACUGCAACGGCAGGUACCUGCUACGGAUGGCCAUCACCAACACUUCCAUAUCUAAAAUCAAGCGAGAGUUCGAUACCAACAACAGAGGAUGAAGGAUCAUGGAUAGUUUCUAUCAUGAUUUUAUGCUCAGCAUUAACACCAAUACCAUCGGCUUAUUUGGCCGAUAGAUUUGGAAGGAAGACAACUCUACUUAUUGGAGCCAUACCCUUCAUCCUGGGCUGGGUAUUGGUCAUCGCUGCCAAGUCUGUGGCAUAUCUUUACGUAGCUCGAAUGUUCUCUGGUCUCGGUUAUGGAAUUGUAUACACCGUCGCUCCUAUGUAUACAGGAGAAAUAGCAACAAAUGAAGUCAGAGGCGCCCUCUCAACCCUCAUUACAUUAUUAAAUAAGGUUGGAAUUCUUGGCCAGUACUGUAUUGGCCCCUUCGUUUCAAUGCGAACCCUAGCAGGCAUCAACUUGAUCUUACCCAUUACCUUCGUCAUCACCUUCAUAUUUUUACCAGAGUCUCCUUAUUACUAUCUUAAAUUUGAACGCAGCGAAAGAGCUGAAAAUUCUCUGAGGAGAUUGAGAACCGGCGAUAUAAGACUCGAAUUAAAGAAUAUAGAAGUAAGCGUCCAAGAGGAUAUGAAAAAUAAAGGAACAUGGUGUGAUUUAAUCUCUGAGGCAACUAAUAGAAAAGCCUUAUGGAUAAGUUUGGGAGUUUUCACCAUUCAACAGUUAUGUGGAAGUGCAGCUGUAGUGGCCUAUGCACAAGAAAUUUUCGCAAGCACAGAAACCAAAAUUCAGCCUUACCAAGAAUCUAUUAUUCUAGGCUGCGUUCAAGUAGCAACAUGCUGCCUGUCAGUGGUUCUAGUAGAUCGUCUGGGUAGAAAACCAUUGUUGCUGCUGUCAGCUCUCGGCGUGGGAUUAAUGAAUGGUGCUCUUGGAACAUACUUCUAUUUCGAAAACACAAAUAAGUCUUCAGUGACACCAUUAUUCUGGUUACCCAUCGCUGCUCUUCUUAUUUACAUCGUUUGCUAUGCCAUUGGUCUAUCGACGGUCCCCUACGUGAUUAUCAGCGAAAUGUUCCCAACGAAUGUAAAACUAUAUGCAUCCUGUGUAGCACACAUUUACACUGGAGUAUGUAUGUUUGCAGUUCAAAAACUUUUCCAGGUUGUAAAAGAUCUAUGCGGGAUAUACACAGUAUUCUGGGGCUUCUCAGCGUUCUCUAUACUGGGUUUGGUUUUUAUGCUCGCCGUGCUACCAGAAACGAAAGGCAAGUCCUUCGUUUCAAUCCAGGCACAGUUGAGAAGAGACGUAGCCCGGGAUAACGCCAGAAAACUUAUGACCGUUGAGUAUUAA